AUGGGGGAAAACGAUGUUGAAAAAUACAGUCAAGCUGGCCAGAUAUUCGAAAACUUUGUACAAGCAUCAACAUGCAAAGGUACCAUUCAGGCCUUUAAUAUUCUCACUCGCCAACUUGAAUUAGAUCCUUUGGACAAUAGAAACUUUUACACCAAACUGAAGUCAAGAGUGACCACGUGGAAGGCCAAAGCUUUGUGGAACAAGCUGGAUAAGAGAGCAAGUCAUAAAGAGUAUAAACGUGGAAAAUCUUGUAUGAACACAAAGUGUUUAAUCAUUGGAGGUGGCCCAUGUGGCUUGCGGACUGCCAUAGAACUUGCCUUCCUGGGAGCCAAAGUUGUCGUCGUGGAGAAGCGGGACACUUUUUCAAGAAACAAUGUGUUGCAUCUCUGGCCGUUUACAAUCCACGACCUCCGGGGACUGGGAGCAAAGAAAUUUUAUGGAAAAUUCUGUGCAGGAUCUAUUGAUCACAUCAGUAUUCGACAACUUCAACUUAUCCUCUUCAAAGUUGCACUUAUACUAGGAGUUGAAAUUCAUGUGAAUCUAGAAUUCAUGAAAGUCCUGGAACCUCCUGAAGACCAAGAAAACCAAAAGAUAGGUUGGAGGGCUGAAUUUCUCCCUGUGGAUCACCCUUUGUCAGAGUAUGAAUUUGAUGUUAUUAUUGGUGCAGAUGGCCGCAGGAACACAUUAGAAGGUUUCAGGAGGAAGGAGUUCCGUGGAAAGCUGGCUAUAGCUAUCACUGCCAAUUUUAUAAACAGAAAUACAACUGCAGAAGCCAAGGUAGAAGAAAUUAGUGGUGUUGCUUUCAUCUUCAAUCAGAAGUUCUUCCAGGACCUUAAAGAGGAAACGGGAAUUGACCUGGAGAAUAUUGUUUACUAUAAAGAUAGCACUCAUUAUUUUGUGAUGACAGCAAAAAAGCAGAGUCUUCUGGACAAAGGAGUGAUUAUUAAUGACUAUAUUGAUACUGAGUUGCUCCUCUGUGGGGAAAAUGUGAACCAGAGCAAUUUGCUGUCCUACGCCAGAGAAGCUGCUGACUUUGCAACCAAUUACCAGCUGCCUUCCUUGGAUUUUGCAAUUAAUCACUAUGGGCAACCAGAUGUAGCAAUGUUUGAUUUUACUUCCAUGUAUGCAUCUGAAAAUGCUGCAUUAGUGAGAGAGAGGCACAGACAUCAGCUCCUGGUGGCGCUUGUUGGAGAUAGUUUGCUUGAGCCCUUCUGGCCAAUGGGUACUGGUUGUGCAAGAGGCUUCUUAGCUGCUUUCGAUACCGCAUGGAUGGUGCGGAGCUGGGCUCAAGGAAAACCCCCAUUAGAAAUCCUUGCUGAACGGUGA